AUGAGAAACUAUUUAGUCAUUAUGAACUCGAACGAGUUUAAAGAAACUAUGACAAUUAAUACAGGUGAAUUACCUCUUUUGCUCGAGCCCAAGGGAAAUGCUACUGAAGUUUUCUAUUUCUUUGAUGCAUUUCCAAAGCCAGCACAUGUGGAAUUUAUCAUUGGAAAUUGCCCAUUUUCUCUUACUCCUGUUUCCAAAUUCGCAAAUGUUUUUAACUAUUAUAUUGUUCUCCUUCCAACGGUGAAUGAUUUAUCUUAUCACCUAGAACCAGAGAUUAAACUUGGCGCAUUCACAUAUGGUCCUUCAUGGGCACAAUCAGAUAUGUACCCAAUUGGACAAGUUAUGGAUCUUCCGGUUUCUGCCAGUGAAUAUUCAGUUAUUAAAUUUGAAGGAAAUGGUGAUAAAACGCCGAAAUUAAACAUCGGACAUGUUAUCGUGAAAUCUGGAAUUCCAGGAGUAACGAUUUUCCAAUACGGAUGCCAUACAGAUCUAGAUCCAAUUACAAAAGUAAAGUACUUUGAUCAAACAGUUGAUGGUGCGGUAUAUCCUGCAGGACCAGAUGUACUAGAAACACUUCAAUGGGGUAUUAACGAUGUAGUUUUCCCAUAUAAGUUUGAAGAUGAAGUUUAUAACUGGAUCCAUAUCCAAUACAGGCUACCACAAUAUAGUGUUUUGGUUACAAUGAAGACAAACAAAGAUGAGCCUUUUAACGGCACAUAUUGGUACUCAAAUCCACCAGAUUCUGGUGCUGGGACAAUACAUAAAGAAAAUGUUGCCUUCUUUACUAAUGUAGCAAAUAAUCAUAUUGAUUUGUUUUCUAAUAGAAAUCAAAUAGCAAGAUUUGUCCUUUUCAACAUUUCGCAAAUUGGCCCGAUAGAUAAUUACGAAAUCAUCCUUAGUUAUAAAACUUAUUCAACAACAUUUGAUUUCAACAAGUCUUAUGUAGUUUUCGUUCCAAAUCCUUCUCAAAUUAAUUUUGGAUUCCUAACUAACAGAUACAAAUACGAGAUACAUGGUGCAGAUGGAGAAACAACAACAGACACAUCAAAGCCAUACUACCUUUAUCUUACAAAAGACAAGAAAUAUGAAAGUCAAAAUGCCUAUUUUCAUCCAGCUGUCGAAGUCGACAACAAUGCACUCUAUGACGUAGCUAAAUCGACAAGUCAGAAUCCAACAGAUCCAGUAGUUCUUAUGGGUCUGCACAGAGAAUGGCCACCUUUGCUUACUAAUAAACAAAUAUUCAUUAUAGCAGCAUGUGCCGCCGGCGUUCUCUUCAUUGUCAUUAUCAUAUGUGCUUGCUGCUGCUGCAAGAAAAAGAAAGGAAAAGGAAAGCAUUCAUCGUCAAGUGGAGAUAAAGUCUAA